AUGAAUCGUGCAAGUGUGCGCGAAAGGGUAGGUUUGGGGCUGGAUAACGUGUAUGAGGAAGGAGAGCGUGGGAGAGAGUUUGGCAUGUUUGAGCUGGGGGGACGUUGUGCGGAGGAGCAAACGGGGGGUAUGGAUAUAUUAUACUAUACUGUACCGAUAAUACAUGUGCAGUAG